GCGGGGCCGUGUGCGCGGACGGUACUUCCGUGUUUACUCGGGAUGAUGCUAACAACAAACUGUAGCGAGUCACGUUUUCAAAUACGGAACCGCUGCUAAUGCAGGCUAACACUGUUAGCAUCGGCGCAUGUGUUCCGCAUCGAGCGUGUUAGCUUCUGUUAGCUCCCGUUAGCUUCGGUUAGCUCACACAGCUGCUGUAAACAGAAACAGGUGAAGCUGGACAGGAGCUUCCGGUCAGUGUUAGCCGUUAGCUUGUCUCAAAUCUAACGAACAGAAUGAUGAAGCAGGAGCGGCUGCGUGAAAACAGACGCCCUCUAGCGGACUGUUCUACAGACGUGCAACAUCUGCUGCGGAUCAAAGAAGAGCUUCACACUGAGAUGAUGACCCGUCCAGAUCAGGAGGAGCCAGAGAAUCCUUACAUCAAAGAGGAACAGGAAGAUCUCUGGACCAAUCAGGAGGAAGAGCAGCUUCAUGACACGGAGGAGGCUGAUGAUGUAAAGUUCUCACUCACCGUUGUUCAAGUGAAAACUGAAGAUGACUCAGAGAGUCCUCACAUCAAAGAGGAACAGGAAGAUCUCUGGACCAAUCAGGAGGUCCAUGGCAACAAGGACUCGCUCUCUAUCGUCCACGUGAAGACGGAAGACGAUGAGGACGAACCUCAGUCCUCACAGCUUCAUCGAAGUCAACCUGAGGACAGCAGAGAGGCGGAGCCUCCAGACACUGAUGGAGAUGAUCAUCUUCACUCCGAUAAAGAAGACAACAAGACUUCAAACUCGUGUGAGACUGAAGACAGUGAGGACGAUGGUUUGGAGGAGACCAGAGCUCCUGACCAACGUCAGCCUCACAGACACAAACAGAGCGUUUCUACAGGAGAGAAACCGUUUGUCUGCGACGUCUGUGGAAAAAGAUUCACAAAGAACAGUGACGUCAAGAGACACAUGAUGGUCCACACAGAAGAGAAACCCUACAGUUGUGAUAUGUGUGGGAAAAGAUUUAAAGAGAAGUCCACUCUGAAGAGACACAUGGUGGUCCACAGCGGAGAGAAACCGUGCAGCUGUGAUGUUUGUGGGGAAAGAUUUACACAGAAGUCUAUUCUUAAAAGACACAUGAUGGUCCACACGGGAGAGAAACCGUGUCGCUGUGACGUCUGUGGGAAAAGAUUCACAAUCAGUUGUAACCUGAAGAGCCACAUGAGGCUCCACACGGGAGAGAAACCGUUUCACUGUGACGCCUGUGGGAAGAAAUUCACUCACAAACAUUCUCUCAACAUCCACAUGAGAAUUCACAAAGGAGAGAAACCGCGUGUUUGUGACGUCUGUGGGGAAAGAUUCACAAAGACGUGUAACCGUAAACAGCACAUGAAAAUUCACCAUGUUUCGUUAACCGCCUAGACGACGUCGACGUUUCUGACUUCGUCAUGUUCAUUUCAAAUAUUUCAACUCUAGUGUCUGUCAUGGACAUUAGAACAUGACUAAUAAAAUAAUCAUUGUAUCUGUGAAAAUGAAUACUUAAUUGGGUUUGAACAGUUUUCUCAAUGAUUUCACACAGAUAUUUAACACAGAUAAUUCAAUAAUGUCUUAUAUUUUAUUAUGAAUAUUGAUAACUUCAGGCUUCCAUAUGUCCAAAAGUGACUGACAGUAACUCUGUAGUGUGUGAACUAUGAACCAGCUAGUUCCCGCCUCCUCGGCACGAGCUGAACGAUAAAUCUAACACACCAAGAGAGGCGGGACUUAAGGCAGAACAGCCAAUCAUCAGCUGGUCACACUCAAAGCCUGUGUCAUGUUUGAGGCAACAACAUAUAUUAAAAUAUCGAGAUAUCGCCCAGCCCUAGUGGACAACGUCCGUAAGUACUUCUUUUAUUUAGUAGUAUUUCAAAAAAAUGUACUCAAACAUAAACAUGUUAUCAACAUGUGUUGUGAUUAACCUCAGUAACACAAAGUGACCACAUGAGGCAGCACUGGACCAGCGGCUCACAUACGUAUACUUUAGUUUUUCUCGUGUUUGAAAUAUAGCAAAAAAGAGAUAUUUUUAGAAUGAGAAACAUUUUAUCCAUGUCAUAUUUUGUACUGAUACUUGUACUGAUACAGUGAUUUUAACAUGUGUUUAUAUAUGUUUAUUUAUAUUCACUGCCUGGCCAAAGAAAAGUCGCCCCCUAUCAAAAAGGGUCACACCGUUGGACCGCCUUUAGCUUUGAUUACGGCACUCAUUCACUGUAGCAUUGUUGCACAUGUGAGGUAAAUGACACAUACUUCUAUAAUGCUACAUUAUAUUUAUACAUAUGCAGUGUAUAUAUAUAUAAUGUACAUAUAUAUGUAUAUAUAUAUA